GCUGUGGACUUGGGCCUUAGCUGUAGCUAGUGUGGGAGCUUGAAAGACUGGGAGCAGCGUCUCGCAAACAAAGCAAAAGAAGUUGUUUCAGGCCUUAUAGUAGCUGCCAGCUUUCCCCAGAGGAGCUGCCACCUGCAGGUCACUUGGGCUCCGGCCAUGUGGCUGCCUCUGUUGCUGGGAGCCUUGCUCUGGGCGGCACUGUGGCUGCUCAGGGACCGGCAGAGCCUGCCCGCCAGCGAUGCCUUCGUCUUCAUCACGGGCUGUGACUCAGGCUUCGGGCGGCUCCUGGCACUGAGACUGGACCAGAAAGGCUUCCGAGUCCUGGCCAGCUGCCUGACCCCCUCAGGGGCAGAGGACCUACAGCGGGUGGCCUCCUCCCGCCUGCACACCACCCUGCUGGAUGUCACUGACCCCCAGAGUGUCCAGCGGGCAGCCAAGUGGGUGGAGACAUGUGUCGGGGACGCAGGGCUUUUUGGUCUUGUGAAUAAUGCUGGUGUGGCUGGUGUCAUUGGGCCAACACCAUGGCUGACGCGGGAUGAUUUCCAUCGGGUGCUGGAUGUGAACACACUGGGGCCCAUCGGGGUCACACUCGCCCUUCUGCCCCUGUUGCAGCAGGCCCGGGGCCGAGUGAUCAACAUCACCAGUGUCCUGGGUCGCCUGGCAGCCAAUGGUGGGGGCUACUGUGUCUCCAAGUUUGGCCUGGAGGCCUUCUCGGACAGCCUGAGGCGGGAUGUGGCUUCUUUUGGCGUCCGAGUCUCCAUCGUGGAGCCUGGCUUCUUCCAAACCCCUGUGACAAACCUGGAGAGUCUGGAGGACGCCCUGCAGGCCUGCUGGGCACGGCUCCCUCCAGCCACAAGGGCCCACUAUGGUGAGGCCUUCCUCACCAAGUACCUGAAAGUACAGCAGCGCAUCAUGAACCUGAUCUGUGACCCGGACCUGACCAAGGUGAGCAAGUGCCUGGAGCAUGCCCUGACUGCUCGUCACCCCAGGACCCGCUACAGCCCAGGCUGGGACGCCAAGCUGCUCUGGCUGCCAGCCUCCUACCUCCCAGCCAGCCUGGUGGAUGCUGUGCUCACCUGGGUCCUUCCCAAGCCUGCCCAUGCCGUCUACUGAGUCCAGCCCUCCGGCAAGACGUUUUUCUUCCAGGACAAAGACUGAUUUAUUUCUAUCCCCACCCUGGUACUGCCGGGUGCCUGGCACAAAACAGGAACUCAAUAAAU